GCGGGCGGCAGCGGCGGCGGCGGCGGGGGCAGCGGCAGCUCCGGCGCCACGGCAAGGACUCGGAAGGCUGAGGCUCGGCCGCAGCAGCGGCGCGGGGGGCGCGGGCCGCGGUGCCCGGAGCCCCCGGCCCGCCAUGGGCCGCCCGGAGCGGGGCGCGCUCGGGCCGCGGGCGCUGCUGCUGCUGCUGCUGCUGUUGCAGCUCCAGCAUCUCGAGGCGGCAGCGGAUUCGCUGCGCGGCAGCCAAGGACCAGCCCCGGAGUGUCCAGAGGACCAGUUCCGGUGCCGGAACGGACGCUGCAUCCCUUCCGUGUGGAGAUGCGACGAGGACGACGACUGCUCGGACAACAGCGACGAGGAUGACUGCCCCAAGAAGACCUGUGCUGACAGCGACUUCACCUGUGAUAACGGCCACUGCAUCCCCGAGCGCUGGAAGUGUGAUGGCUUAGAAGAGUGUCCCGACGGCUCCGAUGAGUCCAAGGCCACUUGCACCCAGCAGGAGUGCCCCGCAGAGAAGCUGAGCUGUGGACCUACCAGCCACAAGUGCGUCCCUGCCUCCUGGCGCUGUGAUGGCGAGAAGGACUGUGAGAGUGGAGCGGACGAGGCUGGCUGCGCCCCCUUGUGCGCUCCGCACGAGUUCCCGUGCGGCAACCGCUCGUGCCUGGCCGCCGUGUUCGUGUGCGAUGGUGAUGAUGACUGCGGGGACGGCAGCGACGAGCGUGGUUGCGCCGACCCGGCCUGCGGGCCCUGGGAGUUCCGCUGCGGCAGCGGCGGCACCUGCAUCCCGGAGCGCUGGGUCUGUGACCGCCAGCUGGACUGCGAGGACGGCUCGGACGAGGCUGCCGACAGGUGUGGCCGCGCCAGUCCAGGGGCCACAGCCGCGCCCGCUGCUUGCGCCACCCCCUCCCAGUUCGCCUGCCGCAGCGGCGAGUGCGUGCACCUGGGCUGGCGCUGCGACGGCGACCACGACUGCAAGGACAAGUCAGACGAGGCCGACUGCCCAGCACUGGGGACCUGCCGUGGAGACGAGUUCCAGUGUGGGCAUGGUUCUUGCAUCCCUGCCAUCAAGCGCUGCGAUCGAAAACAGGACUGCCCAGAUGGGAGUGACGAAGCUGGCUGCCUGCAGGAGUCAGCUUGUGAGGGUCCCCGCAGAUUUCAGUGUAAGAGUGGCGAGUGCGUGGACAGCAGGAAAGUGUGUGAUGCUCAGAGGGACUGCCGGGACUGGUCGGAUGAGCUUCUGAAAGAGUGUGGCCUCAACGAGUGUCUGCACAACAAUGGUGGUUGUUCUCAUAUCUGCACUGACCUCAAGAUCGGCUUUGAGUGUUCCUGUCCCGCGGGCUUCCGGCUCCUGGACCAGAAGACGUGUGGUGACAUUGAUGAGUGUGAGGACCCAGAUGCCUGCAGCCAGAUCUGCAUCAAUUAUAAGGGCUACUUCAAGUGCGAGUGUCACCCUGGCUAUGAGAUGGACCCAGAGACCAGGAACUGCAAGGCUGCUGCUGGCAGGAACCCAUUUCUGAUCUUCACCAACCGGCAUGAGGUGCGCAAGAUAGACCUGGUGAAGCGGGAGCACUCCCGCCUCAUCCCCAUGCUCAAGAACGUGGUGGCGCUGGACGUGGAAGUGGCUACCAACCGCAUUUACUGGUGCGACCUCUCCUAUCGCAAGAUCUACAGUGCCUACAUGGACAAGGCCAGCGACCCAGCAGAGCAGGAGGUCCUCAUUGAUGAGCAGCUGCACUCUCCAGAGGGCCUGGCAGUGGACUGGGUCCACAAGCACAUGUACUGGACUGACUCGGGCAAUAAGACCAUCUCAGUGGCCACACUCGAUGGUGGCCGCCGGUGCACUCUCUUCAGCCGUGACCUUAAUGAACCCCGGGCCAUCGCUGUUGACCCCCUGCAAGGGUACAUGUAUUGGUCUGACUGGGGGUUCCAGGCCAAGAUCGAGAAGUCUGGGCUCAAUGGUGUGGACCGGCAAACGCUGGUGUCGGACAAUAUCGAAUGGCCCAAUGGAAUCACCCUGGAUUUGCUGAACCGGCGCUUGUACUGGGUAGACUCCAAGCUGCACCAGCUGUCUAGCAUUGACUUCAGCGGAGGCAACAGAAAGAUGCUGAUUUCUUCCAGCAACUUCCUGAGCCAUCCUUUCGGGAUAGCUGUGUUUGAGGACAGGGUAUUCUGGACAGACUUGGAGAAUGAAGCCAUUUUCAGUGCCAGUCGACUCAGUAGCCUGGAAGUCUCCACCCUGGCCGAGGACCUCAAUAACCCACAUGACAUUGUCAUCUUCCAUGAGCUGAAGCAGCCAAGGGUUGCAGAUGUCUGUGAGCUGAGUGCCCAGCCCAAUGGGGGCUGUGAGUACCUGUGCCUUCCGGCUCCCCAAAUCUCCAGCCAUUCCCCUAAGUACACGUGCGCCUGUCCUGACACCAUGUGGCUGGGCCCAGACAUGAAGAGGUGCUACCGAGCACCUCAAUCUACCUCAACUACGACAUUCGCCUCUACUACGACAAGGACAGCAGCCACCACUCCCAGAGCGCCUGGGACCACCGACCAGAGCCCCACCUACCAGAACCACAGCACAGAGAUGGCAACCCUGGCAACCAUGGUCCCAAGCUCUGUUGGUGUCAGCAGCACUCCCAACAUCAGCCCUUCUAUUCCUAGUUCUGCAACCAGCAACCACUCUCAGCACUAUGGGAAUGAAGGUGGCAAGAUGGGGUCAACAGUCACUGCUGCUAUCAUUGGGAUCAUCGUGCCCAUAGUGGUCUUGGCCCUGCUGUGCAUGAGUGGCUACCUGAUCUGGAGAAACUGGAAGCGGAAGAAUACCAAAAGUAUGAACUUCGACAACCCCGUGUACCGGAAAACAACAGAAGAGGAAGACGAUGAUGAACUCCACAUAGGGAGGACUGCUCAGAUUGGCCAUGUCUACCCGGCAGCAAUCAGCAGCUUUGAUCGCCCACUGUGGGCAGAGCCCUGUCUUGGGGAGACCAGAGAACUGGAAGACUCAGCCCCUGCCCUCAAGGAGCUUUUUGUCUUGCCGGGGGAACCAAGGUCACAGCUGCACCAACACCCGAAGAACCCUCUUUCCGAGCUGCCUGUCGUCAAGUGCAAGCGAGUGGCAUUAAGCAUUGAAGAUGAUGGACUACCUUGAGGAUGGGACCAGCCCUUCGUGCCUCAUGGACUUCAGUCCCAUGCACUAUACUCAAUGGAUGGUGUGGCACAGGGUGGAUGGGUUUCUGUAUAUGGGUGUGUGUGUGUAUGUGUGUGUGGGUGUGUGUCAUUUUUUUUUUUUAAUUUAUGUCGUGGAAAGGUAACCACAAAGUUAUGAUGAACUGCAAACAUCCAAAGGAUGUGAGAGUUUUUAUAUGUAUAAUGUUUUAUACACUUUUUAACUGGUUGCACUACCCAUGAGGAAUUCAUGGACUGGCUACUGCUGAGUGACUAACAUGUUGUACAUAACCAAACAAGCGCCCAGGGGACAGAACCUAACUCAUCAACUAAAAACUAUAUUUACAGAGGAUGUUUGACUUUGGGGGGGGGGGUUAGGUUUAGGGAUUUUGGUUUUUUUGUAAAUAAAAUUAUGCUUUGUGGCUAUUUAUCAACAUAAGUAGAAAAAGAAAAAAAUACUUCAAUUCCCCCCUUUUAGAUUAUUUAUUAACAUAUUUUUAAAAAUAAGAUUAGUUCUCUAAAUAAUUUAGAGAAGCAAGAGUAUUUAUUUUUGGUAUGACUGGCCCACCACACAGAUUUGUGUGUGUGUGUGUGUGUGUGUAUGUGUCCGUGUACAUGUGCUAAUGUGCGUUAUGUGUGUGAGAGACAACUAUGUAGAGAAGAGGCACACCAGUUGUUCAAAUACAGAAAGACCCGUUUAUUUUAAAAAGAGUCCACACAAGGUAUCUGAGGUUUUCAGAGAAGCCUUUGGAAGUUUGGCUCAUAAAAUAAAUGCCAUGGUUUGUGCAAACAUAUGGCACAAAAAGCAGAUCUUUUCACCCCUGACUAAUUUCUGAGACCCUCAUAAGUGAGGAAAGCCGUUCCACUCGCCCGUGGCUGCUGUAGCUCUUGCCUGGACUUUCCGGUCCGUGAUGAACGUCAGUGUACAGGCUCUGCCCAGUGCCAGAAGCUUUCAGGAGCUCCAGGAAGAACAGGCCUAAGCCUCAGCUGCUCCUCGUAUUUAAAUUUAGCUCUUUGAGUAACAUCAAUUUCCUUCAGUAUGUUAGGGUUGAAUUUGAAGGAUAUCAUUCAUAAAGAACUAAAUGGAGAUGUUUCCAGAACAGCCCAAGUUUCCUAUACAAACUGGCUCAGGCAGUGAACCUCUGAGACAUGCUGCAGAUGAGGAUAGAGAUGGUGGAAUAGGUUUAAUUACACCACCAUUUCUGCAUUCCCUUUACUGUUUUCUUUAAGUGAGGAAGAUGUUCUGAAGUAAUAAGCAGAUUUCUUACCUUUACAUGUUCAUACGAUGUAAUGAAUUUUUGGUUUAAGUCAGAAAAAGCGGUCAAACUUAAAGCCGUACUGAGGGGUGGACAAUGGCACAGUGUUAUAGCAUAUUGGAUGUAUGUGUUCACACAGGAAUUUGGUUUACUACUUUGUAAAUAAAAGGAAAAACUUUGGGUAUAUGUAAGCAUUUUUACAUAUGGACAUCUUUGCUUUUCCUGAGCCUUAGGAGAGGUAGAGAGCUGUUUUCUGUGUGAGAUAUACCAUUGGAAACAUAACCCUACAAUCUCCAGAGGAAUGUAAAUCCUAUCUGGCUUUCUUAUUGAUAGUGUGGUCUUUUCUUGACUCUGCUGUUCUGCCGCUUUGCUCCCACAAGACAACCAGGGACCAGGUGCAACAUGGAAGUGUUUUCACUUCACAAGGAGUGGAGGACAUGCAUCUAACCUUAGAACACCUGGAACUUGACCCUCUUAAUCAAUUACCUCUCCACUCUGAUCCUCAGUGAAGCUUGGAUGUCUCAUGAGCAUGCUACGCUUUGAAUUUUCAGGCAGCUGUUGCAAAGUUCUGUCAUCUUUUCCUGGGACCUUCCUCUGCCUCAUUCAUGGUCUCCUACCCUUUCAGAAAACAACUGAGUUCUGGAACUUGGGCACUGUUUUGCAUAAGGAAGCAUGAUAUUCCUAUGUUGAUAUUCCGGAAACACUGAGGGUCAACAUAGUUGAGCUAAAAUGACUAAUAGCAAACAGAAUGCUGAGAACAGGGGUCAACUCCUAUGGAGCUUAACCACUACUAUUCUUCCAAGAAUGGAAAAUAAAGUUAAUUUUUCACAGAAGAAAAAUGAUGAAAGUGAAAAACAUUGGCAUGGACACCAAACAAAAGGCUUUUUAUAGAAUCUGCCUUCAAAGACAACGAAUUUUCUAGGGAAAUAAAUGAUAACAAUAGCUAAUGCAUAGCUUCUAAACUUUUAUUCAGAUUCUGGCCUUCACAAAAUAUAUGAAUAGGACCUGGACACAGAACCUGAGGUCUAAAAAUGCUGGUGAAAUGAUCAGCUUUCUGAGAGAUAUCCUGACUAUGCUCCAGCAACAGUCUGAAAGAGGCAGCUAGGAGUGACCUUUAAGAAAACGGUGAAAUACAAGUUGGACAGCAGUAAAUGAAAGGAAUCGGACAUCCCUCCCAACUUAUGGGAGUUUUGAAGCCUUACUUUGAGGUGGUUACAGUUGUUGCCUGUUCCUCCUGUGCACCUACAGCCACUAAGAGAUCGAGAAGGCAUUGGACUAUGGGGCUAGAAGGGAGCUUAGAGGCAAUAAACAGAAAAUAUACCCAGCGACAUCGCAGAGAAAGGUCCCAAUCCCUUUGCUUUUCCAGGAUGUGACUUUGUGCUGCCUGAACAUUGUAUCAGACCUGCUAUCCUUCCUGUGGCCCCUCCUUUCCAGAAGACUUAUAAAGCACCAGCAGGAAUGGCCUUGUGGAAAUAGAGAAAAUGAAAACUUUAUUGACUCUUGAUAGCAUGAUUAUUUAUAGAAACAGAUGGAAAUAGCCUGUACCCUCAACUGGGGGAAAAAAAAUAAUUGGGACUCAAUUUAUGGCAAUAAGUCCUCUUGAUCCUGCCAGUUGUUUCUAUGUGAUUGCAGUAUAUUUUUUCUCUAGCAGCAGACUCCAGGUGCCAAUGGCAUGCCAGGCACUGCAGAUGUAACAGUUGCUUAGACAGCCCCUAUCUUUACAGAGCAGCAGAGGAAGACAUGGAAAUAAGGAAGAGAUUCUACUCAGCAUGCAGUGAGGGGACAAAGCCUGCCCUACCUCAGAAGAUAAGGCAGGACGUUAUCACAGGAGAAGCGACCCACAAGAAGUCUUAAACACUAAAAAGGCUGCUUCAGGCCAAGGAAACAGGCACGGAACAGCAUUGGGACAUUAAGGAACUACACAUAAUUCACUGGAAUGAAAGGGGACUUAGCAAGACAUGAGGCUAGACGGAAAGACAGGUUCAACGUAAGCACUUUAUAAAAUACUUAUAUUUAAGUUACAGUUCAAUUAAGCAAACUUUUCUUGGUUGUUUACUGUAUGCAAGAAACAAUGCAUCAUUGAAAAUCUGCCGAAAUGCACCCCCAGCACUUUGCAGGCAGGACAUGACUGAGCCUCAAGCUUUCCAGCGGCCAAAGGGAACUGCUGACUGCUCUUCAGAUA